UGGGGUGGGGGGUGUAUUUAAUGUGGGAGUGAGAGGAGUUCUCAGCACUAUUCGCGCUGCGCUCUUACAGCUCUCACUCUCACUCAGCGCGACAGCGGGGGGGCACGAGGGGACAGCCGGCCACAGCGGCGCGAGAGAGGCGCUCACACAGGGGGAGAGAGCUGUGAAUGAGAGCAGAGAGAGAGACGGGUACUGCAGGAGGGAGAAUGAACCCCUCGCACGGGACAGCCUGGAGCCGGCGCGAGAACGAGAGAGAGAGAGAGAGAAAGUAAAAAUAACAUUGGGACACUGAGUCUGUGUGACAUUUACCGGGACGCCCAGAGACAGCACGCGCGCAUCCAGGGGUGAGAGCGCACGCCAGGGCGCGAGAGCAGGAGGAGGAGGGGGUGCGAGAGCCUUCUUCAUUCCAAUGUCGCGCGCCGAGCCUCAGAGGAAGACUCUCCGUCGCCGCUGGUUGUGGUGCGCCACCACGCCGCCAUGGUGCUGACUGGCUGCUGCUGAGGGAGACCACCACGACCACCCAGAGGAGCGGCGGGAGGAGGAGGAGGUGGAGGAGGAGGAGGGGGCGCGAGAGGCUGGAUCACUCGCUCCUGAAAAGUUUCUCUCCACAUUAAAACUUCUGAUGCUGCUGAUCUGAAGCUCUGCAGGACUUGUUGCCAUGGGGACGGGCUGCUGCGGAAACUGUUAGAUCUCUCUUUGCAUUUUCGGAAACGUUGAGAGACGAGUGUUUUUGUUGUUGUUGUUAUUUAUCGUUAUUUCCGAGACGGUGCCGGAUUGCAUCACCUUUUAUAUAUACAGAUAUAUAUAGGAGCACGAGGAGCGCCCGGAUACAGCCAGCCGGCCCGAGAGCGAGAGUGUGUGAGCGAGAGUGUGUGUGUGUGUGUGUGUGUGUGUGUGAGAGACCAGCGCUGCUCACACACACUAUUAAAAGGAUCGUCUUGCCCGUGCUGUCUGCGGGACUAUUUAUGCCGCUGUGAUCCGGACGGUGACCCCGCCUGUCCGGAGACUCCACACUGACAGCCAUGGGACUCCCACGUGGGAUCAUGGGACUCCUGCUGCUGCCGCUGCUGCUGCCGCUGCCCUGCGCCCAUCCGGCCGCUGCCCAGCACUAUCUGCGCCUCCGCCCCCAACCCAGCGACCACCUGCCAGUCCCGGACCUAAAGGAGGUCCCGGACCCGGAGUACGACCCUCGCGAGCAGGACCUGAGCGAGCGGACGCUGCGCAAAAAGCUGGGCAGCCACUUCGACCCCGGCUUCAUGUCCAUCGGCGCUCCGCAGCACCUCAACGUCAGCACCAGGGCCGUCCCGCCGCCACCCGGUGCCGUGCCCGCAGACUUUCGGAAACUAGACCUCACCGCCACGCCCUACGGCGCCCGCCUCCGGCUGGGCAAGAAGGCGCGGCGGAAGCUGGUACAGUUCUUGUGGACGUACACUCACUGCCCCGUACUGUACGGCUGGAAGGACCUGGGCGUGCGCUUCUGGCCGCGCUACGUUAAGGAGGGCACCUGCUUCGGCGAGCGGUCCUGCUCCCUGCCCGAGGGCAUGUUCUGCAAACCCGUCAAAUCCGUCACCAAGACCUUCCUGCGCUGGUACUGCCAGGGCUUCCUGCGGCAGAAGUACUGCACCUGGAUCCCCGUGCAGUACCCCAUCAUCUCUGAGUGCAAGUGCUCCUGCUGAGCUGGGAGCGCGAAAGCGAAUGAGCAGAUAGCCAGAGCGUGAGAGUGUGCACGUGUGUGUGUGUGUGUGUGUGUGUGUAUGAGAGAAUGCAAUAUUGUGAGACUGUGCCAGAGCAUGAGAGAGAGAGAGAGAGAGAGAGAGAGAGAGGUGUGAAAGUGAGAGAUUGAGAGAAUGCAUUUACGGGUGAGAGUGAGCGCGAGAGGAUGAGGGAGUGCUGCCUGUGCGUCCAUCAGGAUGCGGACUGAAGAGACUGAAGAGACAUAAUAAUAAUAAUAAUAUUAAUAAUAAUAAUAGCAAUAAUAGUAAUAAUGAUAAUGAUAAUAAUAAUAAGUCGUUUCUAUUGCACUGUUUAUUUGUGGCGCCGUAUAGCGAAUCUAUUUUUUUAUAGCGUUGUGAUUCAGAUUAGCUCCAUAUUGUACAUAUUUAUAAGUAUGAAAUGAAUGCAGCUAUUAUUUGUGUUGUAUAUUUGUUUGUUUGUUUGUUUUGAAAUAUUUUUCUUUGAAAAGAAAUGAAACCGGACCAUUGUGUCAUUUCCGCUCCAGGGAGGAGCUACUUCCUCUCCACCACUCGCUCGCUGCAGCGCCGCCUACAGGAGAUUAUAAUCUCUACAGUAAUAAAGAAAUACUAAAGGAGUAUAUUUUACAGAGUGAACUGAGCUUUUGGAAAUGGUAUAGUAUUUUAGUAUAAAGUAAAUAAAUGUGUUUGUUUA